UGCUCAGGUUAGUUAGGAUUAACGCUAUGGAUGUAACUCCAGAGAUAUCAGCCUCACCAAAGAAUGACAUUGCGAGUGCUAAUUCCACAGCAUUAAGAUAUGGUAGUAGUAUCAUGAUAUUGCAGAAUGAGGGAAGUAAAGGAGACUUUCAAAUUACUGGAAGUACAGAAACUCUGUUUCGAAUACCUAUCACUAUCUGGGAUGAAAGUCGAUUUGUCCUGAGGGCCUGGGCUCUCUCCAUUAGUGCUUUAGCAUUUUUGCUGCUGCUUUCUUUGGCUGAUGGACGACUGGCUAUCAUUGAAGUAUCAGCAAUUCACACUGAAGUCCUGGGCUACUUUACCAACUGCCAACGGCACACCUGCCCCAAACUAGACAAGGUCACAGUGAGUAAACACCUGGGAAUGGGCUUCAUGAUCCUUGCCCUGGCCACUGAGACUUUCUGCCUCUUCUUCAUGGGCUUCUCUUUCCGGCCCAUCUUCCGAAGAAUCAAUCGCUGUGAUUUGGUCUUUGGUAUCCUCAACUAUACCACUGGGGUCCUGAUUUUCCUCAGUAUGCUGCUCUUCAGUAUCGAAUGCUGGAACCUCCACUUCGACAAAGUCACCUUCGUUCCCCCUUACUAUUUGUGCUGGGCUAGCUCCCUGAUACUGAUCUUGUCAGGCACCCUCUGCCUGAUCAACUACUGGCAUACCUUCAGGGUUCCCACCUCGCCCUCGAAGCCCGGCUCGAUGAUCGCGCUGCAGGGAUCCUCGUCUUCCUACUCCCAUAACGUGAUGAAAAAACUCCGGGUGGGGCGACGCAGGACCACCUUCCAAAUUACGCCCCAUCUGUCCUAGCGAGCCCCGGCCUCCUACUGCCUCCCUCCACUGGCAUGCCCCCAAUUCAUUCAAUUCAAUGUCCCCAAUAAAACUUGCCCGUCUUC